AAUAAUAAUAAUAAUAAUAAUAAUAAUAAUAAUAAUAAUAAUAAUAAUAAUAAUAAUAAUAAUAAUAAUAAUAAUAAUAAUAAUAAUAAUAAUAAUAAUAAUAAUAAUAAUAAUAAUAAUAAUAAUAAUAAAAAUAAUAAUAAUAAUAAUAAUAAUAAUAAUAAUAAUAAUAAUAAUAAUAAUAAUAAUAAUAAUAAUAAUAUAAUUAAUAAUAAUAAUAAUAAUAAUAAUAAUAAUAAUAAUAAUAAUAAUAAUAAUAAUAAUAAUAAUAAUAAUAAUAAUAAUAAUAAUAAUAAUAAUAAUAAUAAUAAUAAUAAUAAUAAUAAUAAUAAUAAUAAUAAUAAUAAUAAUAAUAAUAAUAAUAAUAAUAAUAAUAAUAAUAAUAAUAAUAAUAAUAAUAAUAAUAAUAAUAAUAAUAAUAAUAAUAAUAAUAAUAAUAAUAAUAAUAAUAAUAAUAAUAAUAAUAAUAAUAAUAAUAAUAAUAAUAAUAAUAAUAAUAAUAAUAAUAAUAAUAAUAAUAAUAAUAAUAAUAAUAAUAAUAAUAAUAAUAAUAAUAAUAAUAAUAAUAAUAAUAAUAAUAAUAAUAAUAAUAAUAAUAAUAAUAAUAAU